GUGAAAUGGAGAUCCUUCAGGUGAUGGCCGUCUCUGCCGCAGUCAUCAGCAGCAGCUUGGCGUCACCGCUCGCUUUUUACAGCUCGGCCGAGGGCAGCGCCGACGUGGAAGACCUCUACAACGUCACCUCCUCUCUUCCCACAAACAGCGUUUCUUGGGAUCAGUACUACCAGACAACACCUGCUGGCCCCGCCCAGCAGGAAGCAGACUUCCUGAGCAGGAUGGUGGACUUUCUGGAGGACAACAUGCUCCUUAUCCUCGUCUUAGCCUCUCUGCUUUUCCUCGUUUUGCUCAUCGUGUGCGGCGCGGUGGUCCUGAGUCGGCGGCAUAAGGUCAACGCCUACUACCCGUCCUCUUUCCCGUCCAAAAUGUACGUGGACCUAAGGGACAAGACCGGAGGCGCUCGCCUCUUUUAUGAGCUGCCAGAGAAAGCGGAAGCCAGGCGGGAGAGCGAGCCGGUGGACUCUCACAAGCAGCUCCAGGCAGACAUCAUGAAGGCUGCCAAGAGUCUGAGGACGCCAAUAAAAACUGCAGAGGGAGCCGGCAUUCCUGAGGACAAACCAGACGGAGACGUGAUCCCGGAUGAGGAGCAGCAGCCAAGUCCUGCUGAGGAGGAGGACGCGUGUGAGGCAGCUGCAGCGGCCCAUUUGAAGGCGGCGAGGAGUCUGCGGCCUGCGUCUUUGCAUCUUCACAAUGACUCGGCGACGCUACAACUCAUCGCGGGGGAGAAAACCGCCUUCUAAACAAACUUUUACAGCCAGACCAGACCGCUUCUUUAUCUGUUAGGCUAAUGGACGCACCCUCGGAAAAAGAGUGGAAGUAGCUGCAAAGAGCAUGGGUUUCCGUCAGCGAAGGAUUAUGGGUAUCUUGCCAUCUUGUGUGUCGUAACUUUCUUUAUUAGCCUGCGGCAGUUUUCUAAAUAUUUUUCGCACUUUUGCUGCGACAAUGUCGUCAACUUCGGGAAAUUUGAAAGAGGGCGUGAAAGUUUCCAACAGACAGACGUCAGAUGGGGUUUGCAAAGCCAGGUAUUUACUGAAAUUGAGGGAUAUUGGUGAUAAAUAUCUGUAUAAGAUGAAAAUGGGAAAAGGCGAAUGGACCCCUGAUUUGGAAUCUUACCUGGAUAUAAGUUACCCGGACAUAGUCAACUAUUUGGUGAACAAUGUAAGUGCCUAUACUCUGGAUGAGCUCAAGGGCUACAAGUCGCUGGAAGCAUACAAUUACUUUGUGUGUGGAUGGGUACAGGAAAUUAAACUGGCUAUAAAAGGAAGAUAAAUGUGUGCUCAUCGUUUGUGAUGUUACCCAUUCUGGGUGGCUAACAUAAUAAAGGUCGGAUCUUUUUCUUAAUAUUAAUAAACAAUAGAGAUGUCCGAUA